CUGAGCAGAAAAAAAGUAUGUAUUAUAGAAUCUUGUCAUCAAGUCACAAUUUUAUACAACAUAAGUUGACACUACAGUAACACUAAACAGUGAUGUUCACGGCGUAUGAAAACGACUUUGUUUUGCCGUGGGAAUGUUUUAAAUAUAAACUAGUCCCACAACCACUUGACUUGUCAGCCAUAUUUGUCCAAAUGGGAAUUGGUCGCGAUCGGCUAUCACAUAUUUUCACGGCUUGCUAUUGUAUACUGAUGGUGAAAAUGUGGAAAAAAAGUAACGCAACAAGUUGCAAAUUCAACCUGAAUGAAUUUUUUUAAAUACAAAAUAUUUACAGCCAUCUGAAUUCCGACAAUACGCCUCAGAUUACGUUUAAACACCCCUGUAACUAAAUGGGUAACACCUGAAUAUACAGCUGACAUAACUCUAAAUGAACACAUCACACGGUCUCUUUUGACUUCUGUAUUCAGAGGAAGAAGGCACGACAAGUAAACUCUCAGGAAAAUUGUAGGAUCUAGACAAGUGUCUGCCUAAAACGAUUGUGAUGGAUGGCCAUGCCAGUGACGUGGGUGAUGACGUCUUGAGUGAUGACGUCAUGAAACAUGAUGACGUACCCGAUGAGCUGAUGUCGGUAGUGACGAGUCUGACGUCACCGCGUAGAUACGUGCCGCAGUGGUACGUGUACGAUACACGCGGGUCGGAGCUGUGCGAGCAAUUGGUACAGAAAUCGGAGACGUACAAAGUCUGGCAGCACGAGUACAGCAUACUCCAGGCCCACGCAGACGACAUCGCCGGCAAAGUCUCGUCCCCGGCCGUUCUUGUGGAUCUCGGCAGCGGAGGGUCCUCCAAAACCCGCCUGGUUAUCGAGGCUAUGCUGAAGCGGCACGGGAGCCCCACGUUUGUACCCGUGGACAUGGCGAAGGAGUUUAUCGAGGCGUGCGGGCGGCAGCUGGAGACAGACUACCCGGGCCUGACUGUGGAGCCCUUCGGCGGGUUGUACAUGGACGGGGUGCGGCAUGUCGCCGCCAGGAAGGAGCCUAAGUUGCUGCUUUGGUUCGGAAACAGCUUCAGUAACAUCUCCAUCCAUGGCCAGGUGCAGAUGCUACAGGAGAUCCGGGCUCAGCUCAAUGAGCAGGACAGGUUGGUUCUCGGGGUGGACAUGAACACUGACCGAGAGGCCUUGUCUCAGGCGUACGGGGAACAGUGGACACCGAUAUGGCGGGACAACCUCAUCUCACGCUUCAAUAAGGACUUUGACGGAAACAUGGACGCUGAGAAGUUUGAGUACAGGUGCGAAUUUGUGGAGAACCCUCCGAGCGGAGACACUCCGAGCUACAUUGUGAAAUCUCUGACCAGUUUGGGCAAACAGCGGGUGCGAUUUGAAAAAAUCGGCCUCGACAUUGACUUCGAAGACGGAGAAAAGAUCUAUUUCUACGAGGGGCCGAACACCAGCUGCAAGUGGAACCUUAAACAGCUGCGUCGCCUAGCGGAGAAGAGCAGCUUUGCAGUCGAUGAGCACUGGACCAAUGAUGAGGAGAAUUAUUGCGUCAUCUGCUUGGCACCAGCAGAUAUCAUUCCAACUUCAUUUCCUCGAUCUGAGUAGGAUGGAUAACUUCAUGUGUCUGGGACGUCGACAAAAGUUUCUUCGAGGGAUGGGCAUAAAAAUUUGAUAAUAUGUUAGUUAGGCUGUGGUGGCUCGAUUUUAUGAAUUGCAUCCUCUGAUAAACCUCAGAACUGACGCGAGCCUGAGAAAAAAAUUUCCCUUUAUUGUGGAAUGGUUUAAUGGGUGAAUACAAUGUAAACUAAAAUGGGUUUGGUUGAAUCAUUUACUUUGUUAGAGAAGAUUCAGUAGAAUUUCUUUGUUGGAUGUGUAACUGAUAUAUCAUAAGGUGUACGCGUAUACGUGUCGUGGUCAUUGGGACUAGCCAAAACCGUCGUCAUGCAAUGAACAGGUAAGGGAGGAAGAGAGAACAGAAAAGAUGGGGGAAUAAUAUAAGAAAAUGGACAGGCAUAGUACAAGUUAGAAAACUAAGGAAAACAGAAAAUGGAGAAGAGUGGAUAAAACCGGUUGCCAGAUCUUCUGUGAUGUUCCAACAGUCAACAUUUUACGGUGCACACCCCAGUUUAUUUGGGGUCUCAAAUCGAGGCUGCGCACCCUCAAGUCGAGAGGCCGUCUCUCCAAGAAAAUAAAUCUAAAGCAGAAAAGCAGAAUGAAGGGUAUUACUCUAGCUUUGAGAACAGCCGGGUUUCAGUUUCUUCACUCUCUCCGAUCCACUUUUCGUAAUUUUUUUGGGAGAAAAGUUUUUUCACGUAAAAAAGUAUGCAAAAAAGGGGUAUUUUGGCGUGGAAAUAAACCCAUCACCUAUAUUUUAGUCAUGAAAAUGACUGAUAUUGUCGGAAAGAGAAUACACCUAGGAUUAAUCAGGCAAAAAAUAAAAAAAUCGUAACACUGAGAUUUUUACAAUAACCCGACGCGGGAGGCAGAACGCAUAUGAUAUGGACUUGAAUCUGGGUCAACGAGCGAAUCACUUCCAACGCGUAGAAAUACAAGGAAGUGACCCUCAGGCCCAAAACCAAUUUGCACCAAAAACACAUCACUUCUUACGCUUUUUAGCCAUGCCAUACUCAGUAUUAAAUGACACUUCGCAGCAGAUUAUGAGAAAUUUGAGCUCAAACCUAGUCUUCGAGACCCUUUUGUCACAUUUUUCUCGCGCACUAUCACCUGUCGCGGAAGAAUUGGUGUGUGCACAGUUUAGACUCAUGGAUAAAUGAGAUGAGAUGAUGAGAUUUGAAUUUGUAAUGCACAACUUACCUUAUAAAUAUAACUGGAAGUAAUUGCUAUGGGCCUACUCAAUGUGAAUAGAAAUAAAACUCAAACGCUCUGAUAAGCAUUUUCAUAAUACGUAGAUUUAUACAGCUGUAAACUUUUAUCAUAAAUAAACAAAGGUUCAAUCAAACAAACAAUCAUAGCGUGUAUUAAGUUUUAAAUGUACCCACACCGGAUGACUACAUCAAAGUGAAGACUUGUCAGAAACGCUGAACUAAGAAGAGUUUCAGUUUCAGUGAGUUUUAAUUACAGAUCGGGUCUGUCCGAAGGACACGUCAUUUUCCGAGUCCAAGGCAGGGAGAGAUGUUUGAUGUUACCUAACCUUGCCAUGUUUGGUAAUCUGAAAGUCAUUAAAGGUCACUUCCUACAAAUCACCAAUUUGCAUAUCGCUCGGCUUUCUUCAUAGGUGAUUGACAAAGAUGGCGUAGGUGACAGGGCCGUGAACAUGCGGCAUAAUUUAGCUCCGAUUAUCCAACUAUAAAAGCAAAGACACGGCAUAGCUGUGCUUAUUUAGGAAGUUUUAUAGAUAGCCUUCUCAUCUGUGGUGGUAUCUUUUCACAUUUCGUAUUUGACGAUGAAUAAUUUAAGAGUUUCCCUGGCCAUGUUCUUAAUAUGUUCGCUCGUCAGCAUCCACGGAAGGCGUCAAACUUGUGUACUUUUUUCAAUCGUUAUCUGUUGGGGCUUACCAACUUGGACACAUACUCUGACUUUUCAGUUAUUUACAACAAGGUUUAGUCCAUAACAAGUUGUACUUAUCAUGUGCAGACACGUAUGCAUAUCUCCGCAAAAAUGAUUUUAAAAUCCUACCGGACUUUGGACCCCUACCGGACUUUGGACCCCUCCCGUUAUCAUCAGCAUUCACACACACUGUCUCUUUCUUCCUCUAACGUUAUAACGUUACAUUUGUAAACAAUAAAUACGACCCAGUGCUUUACAUUUGUUCAAAUUUGACUGUUAGAUUGCAAAACAGCCGGUAAUGAGGAAACGGAUUACGAAAUUUCUUUUUGUUGAUCGUUUUGUGUCAAUCUGUACGACGCUAACACAAAUGUUGAAAGUCAUUCAGCACCAAGGACAGGGAAGCAUUUCUCAGUAGUGUCAUUAGUAAACACUGGUCCCACGCCUGGGGAGCGAGGCUAGCUGCUGAUGCCCCGUAUGUCAACUCUGUUGCUGGUGUAGGGUGUUGAGGUACCAGAGGAGCACGUGAAUAAACAGAAUCCCUGUGA